AUGAAAACUCCGACAAGAAAGAAUCUGUUUGGGUCCAGCAUGCUACCGGAUGACCUUACACAUGCCACAGACUCAUAUAACGUUUCACUUGCAAGCAGAUCGUCUAAUCCGUUCUAUAGAGCAACGAUAUUAGACGAUGACACCUUAGCUCAGAGCUCAUCUGCAAGAAACAGCUACGAUGUGCUUAACAGUCCAUCGUGGCGGAAGAAACGAUCUUUCCAGAGAGAGAUACCAACUCAAAGUUCAGUCAACAGUAAUAAGAGGUCGAAGAUGCAUCACUGCACACCAGUAAUGAACGGUGCGCUCAAUGAAGGAAUAUCGUUGCCCAGUGGUGCAUCUGUAUGGAGACAGCACUCUUACUUGCUUGCGAAGUUGAGCGAACAUCAGCAAAGGGCCGACAAGGUGGGUGUAGACAUAGGAUUGACUUAUGUUCAGACGUUGGUGGAUAUUUCGCUAUUGUUGAGAGAUGUGGACAAGUGUAAUAUGCAAUUAAAAGAAGCUUUCCUGUUGCACUGA